CAUUUUUGCCAUAUUACUCUCACUUUCUGCGGACAAGGUGCUGCAACUACCUGACUGAUUUAGGGUACCCUGUGAUUGUCAAUUGUACGUAUUCUAUCCGCUACUAUCCAGCAUUUUUAUUCAAAAAAGGUUUACCUGACGAUCCUAUAACAAUUUUGAGUAGCUAAGAAAGUGGGAACGAGCUGUAAACAUGGCGAAAGAACAGCUGUAUACAAUAUCCAAAUUCAUUCUGUUUUUUCUGGAUGUCCUAUAUGGCAUGUUCGGGAUUAUUGUGUUUGGCCUGGCUACCUGGAUUAUCGCGGAUUAUUAUCAGGGAACGUAUGUAUCAUGGCUGCGGUUGUCGGAAGUGCAAGUCGGUGCGGCGUUAUUACUGACAACGGGAAUCUUCUUGUUCUGCACGUCGAUUAUCGGAUGUUUCGCGAUGGGACAAAAGAAUCCAAACUUAAUGACGGCAUUUUUUGCAUGCAUUAUCAUCACCUGCAUUAUAUCACUGGCUGGCGCAGCGUACACCUUCUCACGGACAAAAAGCAUUCAGGAAACUAUUGAUUAUCACAUCGACAGAAUGGUACGCGAAUAUGAUAACCGGGGCCCGGAACAGGACCAAGCGGCUACAUUUAUGGACAUGAUCCAGAAACAUUUAUUCUGCUGCGGUGGUGAGUCAGCCAAUGAUUAUCGUAUUCGGGAUGUGCCAGAAUCCUGCAAACGCCCGUGGCUAUCGGGAAUGAGCCAGGUGUGGGGCUGCAAGGAAGUCGCAAAGCGAUGGUUGGACUAUAAUCUGGACGCUGUAGCCGGGAUCGGCAUAUUUAUCUGCAUCAUUCUGUCAUUCGGCGCUUUAGCGAGCUGGAUCAUGCGAGGUCAUUACAUCCAGGAGAAAGAAGGCAAAGUGACCACUAAUGCGUAUUGAUCGGCUGCGCAUUCUUUUAACCAAAUAACUACAAGAUGCUGCUGAAUUGCGUCGAUUUCUGUAUUACAAUAUCGAAGCUCUACCUGAGCUCGAUUUUCGAAGUGAAGAAUUUUUUGUAAAGAUAGGAGCGACAAAAUACUUUGAAUGCAACAAGCGAAGUCGCUAUAACGUUUUUUUAUGGAUAUUUGUAGAACGUAGGUCAUACUUAUGGUAGGUUCGCAAUGAAGUUGGCUGAACCCAA